AUAUUCUGAAGGUCGUAAAGCGGGGCAAUUCGAACAUCUGUAGAAUGUUGUGGUUUUCAGCCUAACUAUACUAUAUCAAUUGAAAACCAUACUAUGUUAGCUGUCAACCUCCUCAUCAGAUUUCCAAACUCAGGAAAUUGUUAUUCUCUGAAGUUCACUAAAGAUAUCACCGUUUACGAUCUCUGUCAUGAAGUUCAAUCGAAAAUUAGAGAGGCAGCCUGUCUAAAUCCAUCGGAGUAUGGUAUUUUUGUGCCAGAUCCAGACCCCAAGCACUCGUUUUGGUUGGAUAAUUCAAGAAUGCUUUCAUAUUACCAUUUCUGUGAUAAUUUUGAGGUUCAAUAUCGUUCCAAGCUUCGUCUUCUUGUUAUACAGACGAUGGAUGAGACAAGGAAAACAUUACAGGUGGACGAUAGCAAGACUGUUUCUGAACUUAUGUUUACAAUUUGUGCAAAAAUAGGUAUCACUAACUAUGAAGAGUACUCAUUAAUAAGACCAUCCGAUGACGAUGAAAAGAUGCGCACGCUAACACUGAGGAAAAGUAGAGGCAGCAUCAGAAACUUGGAGAAAUUAGAGAAGAUGAAACAAAAAUUGCAUACAGACGAUGAGUUUAAUUGGUUAGCACCUGGCAAAACGCUUCGUCAACAUGGAGUUGAUGAGUCGGAAAUUCUGCUUCUCCGAAGGAAGUAUUUCUACUCCGACCAGAAUAUAGAUACUCGGGAUCCUGUUCAACUAAACCUUCUUUAUGUUCAACUUAAGGAAGCCAUAUUGAAUGGUACACACCCAAUAUCACAAGAUCAAGCUAUCAAUUUAGCUGCUUUACAAUGUCAAGUUGAAUAUGGCCCAAUGGUACCAGAGAAAAUUAAACGAAAUCCCAUAGACCUAAAAGAUCGGUUGCCCAAAGAAUAUAUUAAAUCCAAGGGAAUUGAGAAAAGAAUAUUGGAACAAUACCAAAAGUUGGGCAACUAUGAUGAAAAAGAAGCCAAAUUACGCUAUGUCCAAUUGUGUAGAUCUUUACCAACCUAUGGAAUAACAUUCUUUCUUAUAAAAGAAAAACUGAAAGGUCGUAAUAAACUAGUACCACGAUUGUUUGGAGUAAGUAAAGAAAGUGUCAUGCGUGUAGAUGAAAAAACCAAAGAAAUUAUAGAAACGUGGUCAUUAACCCGUAUACGUCGAUGGGCUGCUACUGCGAAUCUUUUCACUCUGGAUUUCGGUCAGUAUAGUCCAGAUGGGAAUUAUAUUAUGCAAACAACUGAAGGCGAACAAAUUGCACAGCUUAUAUCUGGUUAUGUGGAUAUUAUUUUACGUAGACAACGUAGUCGUGAUAGUGGUCAAACAGAAGGUGAUGAAGAGAAUACAAUCAUUGAAGAGAAUAUUGCUCCAUCAAAGGCUAAUGUAAUCGCCAAUAUGAGUGCGACACUACCUCGUGGACAUCGUGCUCAAGAGGCGAAUUUAUCUCAUAGUGGUUUAUUACGUACUGCAAGUCAAAGGGAAGACUUUAAUGAAGGUCAUUUGGCUAUUGAAAGUCAUACUAUAUCACGUCACAAUUUAAGUGGCAAUAAUAAUAUUGGCUCUGGACUUAUUGUCAAUUCUAACGGAGAUGUAACACCUAGCGGAAAACGUGGAUUCCAAAUGAUUGAUCUUGGACAACCGAAACGUGCUUUACUCUCUCGUAUAGACUAUGGUGUACGUACAAUUCAAGGAGCAUGUGAAGAUAUUGAUAAACCUAUCUAUGAAGAUGAAGAAGCAUUAUACGGUGAUGAUAUAAAUACAAAACGUUGGCGUUCAGAAACGUUACAACAAGCUCGUGCUGGUGUACUCAGUCAUUUAGGUGCAAUGACAAUGGCUACGGGUCGCCUAAUCUCUGGUAUCGAAAUAUCAAACAAUCGGGGACGUAAUGGCGAUAUGAAUAAUCAUGCUGAAAUAGAUUAUGCUAGUAUGGAUGCUUCUAUGACAUCAAUUGGAAUGAAUGUAAAAGGUCUUAUGCAUUGUGUACGUUUAUAUGAUCAGCUUGAUACUGUUAAUAACAAUAAUGGAUCAGUUGUAGAUAAAACAAGUUUAAAGCAAGCUGCACAAGCUUUAUCUGAUGCAUUUCUCGACUUAAUGCGUACUACUUUUUCAUCUGUAUCAAUGGAUAAUUCAUCAGAUAAAGCUUCUACAUUAACACGUUCAACAAGUUCAUUAUUUGAUUCCAAGAGUAGUACUGAUCGUGCAGCUCUACUAGAAGCUGCUAGUCGCGUGGGUGAUGCAAGUCGUCAACUGUUGCAAUUAAUUUCACCGCCAACAAUACCUGAGUUUUGUGCAUCAACAAAUGAAAAUGAUACUGUAUAUAAAGAGAAUAAUCAUGUUAAUUGUGCAUCAAUAGUUGAUUGGGAAGCUAGAGAUCGUUUACUUACAUUAACUAAGAGUGUUGCUAAUGCAAUGACGGGAUUAGUGAAAAAGGCUAAAACGGGUGCAUUAGUUCUUGAUGAAGAAGUAAAUCAAUACUUAGUAGAGAACAAAUCAAAUCCAAAUGAUAUUGAAGUACAAAUAUUACGUAAUGCUCAAUCGAAUUUAGUGCAGUCAGCAACACGAGCUGGUAAAACUGCAAGCCAAUUAGUUACUUGCGCUAAAGUAGUUGCGUGUACAAUGGAACAACCGGAGUCACAACAACAAUUAAUGCAUACCAUAAAAGAGGUUGCAUUAGCUGCAGACUCUGUACCAUUACCAGCUAGAGCUUUAUUAGAUUCAUCAUCAUCUGGCGCAGCUGCCACAUUCUUAACAAAUGAUCAUGAAAUGUUUAAUGUACAUUGUAAACUAGUUAAUGAUUUAGAAGAAGGUGUUUACUCUGUACAUAAUGAAUUAGACAAUUUACUUGAUUGUCUAAUAGGAACUUCGAUACAAGCUCACCAGGAUCCUGUAAUUAUGAAUUUGCUUUCGGUUAGUCAUCAAUUACCUGGUAGUGUUGGCGAUGGUCUUCUACUUGUACGUAAAGCUAAUGCAUUAGCCUCUGCAGUAGAAUGUUUAGUGGCAGAUUUACGCUCGGAAGCAAUGAAACAGGAUUCAACGUUGGGAAUACCAUCCAAUGAAAUAGCUAAACGUGCUGACAUAUUAGAGAAAGAAAUUUAUCAUUUGUUAUCAGUUGCCCAGGAAUGUACCGAUGGUAAUGCUCAAUCAUUGGAGCAUCAACAAAGUGUAAUUAUAGCAGCUGAAAAUUUAGUGAAUACAGCUCAUGCAACAGCUGCACCAAUUAUUCGAUCACGUCUUACAAAAGGAUUAGAGUUUGCUACUCGACUUACAGCAGAUAAUGUUGGUCCAUUAGCUACAGUCGGUGGAGAAGUUGUACGUAUUUGUCAAAAUGAUACAUAUCAGUUGGCUUCCGAUUUAGAACAAUUGCAAAAACGUGUAAUGCCUCAAGUGAAUUUAUCUUGUAACAUUGCUCGUGUUCAACCGUAUGAUGUAAAAAAUCAAGCUAAUUUACUUGCUGCAUCACAAAAUUUAAUGAAGUGCUUAGAAGAUUUAUUACGAUCAGCUGAUGCAGUUGCACCAACCAUUCAAGAUUCUGGUGUCCAAUCUGCAUUAACUGAUGUGACACGAAAUACUCAAGCUUGUUUAACUGAUCUUCGUUUAUGUUUUGCUAAUUCUGAAUCUGUACUUGGCAAUGAACCUCCUGAAUUAUCAGAAAAUUUAUAUCAUUUAAUGAAUGGAAAAAAGACAUCACAGUCGAAUGGAUUAAGUGAAUCAGAUUAUCAUAUUGGUGAUGUGGAGGCGAGCGAAUUAGCUAAAAUAUCAACAGCUAUUGAACAGUUACGAACAGAAUUGUUCGAUCCAUCUUAUCAUUUGUUACCAAAUGAAACACUUGAUUCAAUCUGUGUUUCAUUAUGGUCUGCAAUAACGGAUUAUAAUCAAGUAUUCACUUUACCGGAUGAUAAUAAUUAUAUGAAUUCAAAUAAUCAAUUAGAACAAAUUUGGCAUAAAUUUCCUCCGUUAAUUGAACGUAUCAAGCAUACAUGUUAUAAUUGUGAGGGUAAUAUGAAAAAAAUGAUGCAAUCCAGAUUAAAUAUUGUUCAAGAAUUGUUGUAUCACCUUGGACCCGUACUACGCGGUAUACGUAGUUUAGCUAGAUAUUUUCAUAAUGCGGCUCAGUCAACAACAGUUGAUUCGAAUUUAGCUCGAGUCAUCAAUGUGUCACACGGUGUUGCAUCAAAACGUCAAAGCAGUAUAUCUGUUUGUUCUACCGUGAUAGAACAAAAUAAUACUAAUUCAAGUCUAACAAAUUCAGAACAGCAAACUCAAAUUACUGCAAAUGUUAUGCAUCAGAAUUUAAUGUCAAUAGCUGAAACAUGUCUUGUUGCCUGUGGUCAACUUAUUACAUGGGCACUUAGACACAAUUCACAGACAACUAUUCCCGAUGAUGAACUGCAAGAUGCUGGAGUGACUGCUGAUCAGUUGAAUACAUCAAUUAAUGCUGUAUUAGGUUAUAUUCCUGGUGAAGUGACUGUAAGACGUUUAUUUGCACUACUUCAAGAUGCUUCUAGAAUAGUGGAAAUGUCAGCAAACGAAACCUCAGAAUUAACUAAUAGCCAAAAAUCUGAUUCUAACCAAUUAUCUUCCUAUGAAUUAUCGCCUCCAGCCAUACUUAUGCGUUCAUCAAAUCUACCACUUGUAGAUAUUUAUGAACAAAUGAGUGAAACAGCUAAACAACUUGCUCGUACUUGUUUAAGUGUUAGCUAUGAAGUUUCUGGUAAAAUGAAACCAUCACAAAUUGAAUCAUCAUUUGGUUCACAGAGUAAUCUAAUUUUAUUAGCUUGUAUAGCUGAUCGAUUGACUGGUGCUGUAGCUGACGUAGUACGUGCUGCUGGUUAUCGUAGUGCACAACUUCGUUCUAUUGGUCAUUUAUUAAAUAAUUUUAAUCAAGCCGCUGAACCUGUUGCUUAUGGACUGCAAUAUGCAAUGCGUACCUUAGAGUCAAGUCAGAAUGAUUCUGGUAUACCGUCAGCAAAUUUAACACUUGCUAAGUCAUUAUUGAAAUUAAGAGAUUGGGCUUUAGAAUUAGAUCAAAAAGCUGUGACAUUUAAAGAACAAGCAUUUUCAUCUCGUAUGGACGAUGGUGUUCAACAAAAUGAUGGUGAUGAUGAUGAUAACAGUCAACUAACUAUAAGCAAUUACAAUAAUAAUGAAAAUGAAGCUAAUUUGACUGAAACAUCUAUGCAUAUGCGUAAUCAAUGUGAUGUAUUACUUCAUCGAUUAGACAGCUUGAUACAUCCAAAUGUGUACAAUGAAGAUAAAAGGAAUUCUCUUGAAACAGCAGAUAGGAAUAGCACGUUUUGUCCUAUACUCUUACCAAUCAAUGAUUUGAAUUAUCCUCAAUGUUGUGAUGCAGUAUGCGAUAUUGAUAAGGAAUUUAAUACACAUUUAAAUGAAAUACCAUCAUCUAUAACUGAUAAUAAAGCUGGAUUAUUCAUCCAAUCUGUCAAAGGUUUAGCACAAGUCACCAACCAUUUGGUACAAAUUACUUAUCAAGCUGCUUAUCUCAUUGCUGCAGCACAUCCGGCUUCACGACCAGGUCAUGUGACUCGUUUCAGGUCAUCUGACCAAUUAAAUACGAUACAUGAUCAUGUAGCUGCUAUUCGUAAAAGUGUUAGCGAAAUAUGCCAAUCUCAAAAUGAAGCUUCAUCCAAAGGACUUCCGUCUUUAGAAAUUUUAGCUACUGCUAAUCAUUUAGCACAAAGAGCUACACAAUUAUGUCAAACAACACGACCUUAUUUGUCUGAAAUCAAAAAUCUAUCUGAAAAAAGACGUUUAGCUGAUUCAUUAGAACAUGUUGCACGAUCAGCUGCUUCUGUAUUUAAUAUAAUUAAAACUUCACGUAGCACAAAUCCAACAUCUGGUACGACCGAUAUAAUUCAAAAACUAUGCUCAGCAUCAUCUGUACUAGAAGUUGCUGUUGAUCAAUACAUUGAUUUAUUACUUCGUGAUGCUGCCGGUUCGCCUGCUCAUUUAGCUGAAGAAACUUAUGAGCUUCAAGUACCUGUAUUAAAAUGUGGACAAACUGUUGCCAAAUGUAUCGCAAAUCUAAUCGAUUCUAGUCGUCAAAUAAUUGAUAAUCAUUGUCAGAAUAUACAAACAAAAUUAAAUGAUAAUAAUAAUGCCAAUAAUGAUAGAACUGGUUUAUCUAAUUUUGAAGAUGGUCGACAUAAUUUACAUGAAUCUUGUUUAAAUCUACUUAGUACUUUACGGCAAAAUGUUCCUGGUUUAUCUACAUGUGAUCAAAUACAGAAAACUAUUAAAAAUUUACUCAGUGAUUUAAAUCAUGCUAUUGUAUCAGUUAGCAAUGUUAAUCAAUCAAAACGAACUAAUUCAUAUUCAUCAAAUGCACAAAAUUUAGAGAAUUCAUUAGCUCUUAUUCGUACCAGUAUAGAACAAAUUGAACAUUUGAGUAAAGAAACAAUCGAAAAUUGUCAACUUGGUAAUUGGGAAAUAAUGGCGCAUAACUUGUAUUCAAUUAGUACAUACUUACCAAAUUUCGUUAAAGAAUCUAUUCGUACAUGCGGAAGUUUGAUGCGACUGUCCGAUCAAACAAACUUGAAUAGUCUUACACGUACUGUUCUAGAAGCUAUGCAACAGUUAAUUGACUGUGUAUCUAUCACUCUUAAAGGACGAUCACAAUCAUUGCCAGUGUCCAACUGUCACAAUUCACUGAUCAAUUACAAUAAUCAAUUACAACAAGCUUGUGUUGAAUUAUCUAAACAGAUCGAUACAAUUGCUAUGGAACAAGGUGGAUUGAAUUGGCACAUUGCCUCUAUCACUUCAGCUUGCUCAAAGACUUUUCCUACUGAAAAUUGGAAUAUAUCCUUUAAGCUUGAUGAUACAGUACCCUUAUCAAAUGGAUCACAAAAGAAUGAUUCAAAUGAAAAUGCUGUUUCAUUGCCAGCUAACUUUGUUCAACUGCAUGCGCGUCUAGGUCAUCAAUCACGUGAAUUAUCUGAUCUUAUGGUUAGAGUAACAGAAGUUUAUGCCGCUAAUCAAGGAGAAAAUUGUGCAGAAAUCAUAUCUUCUUUUGUUCAACAAUUUCUUCAAAUGACUGAGACAGUACAGCAAAUGUCUUCUGUAUUGAAAAUGCAUCCACAAAUUGACACGGGACCUACUUUAGCUCAAAAGCUUUGUCAUGCUACUCAAGCUAUUGGUGCAGCUUCUUCCGAAUUUCUCCGUGCUCCAUUACAUACAGAUAGAGUAAAUAAUCUAAACUCUAGAUUGAAUGAUCUUAAAGCUGUACUUCAAUCAUGUACUCGUGGUGCUGAUGCUUGUACAACUGCAAUAACUAAUUUAAAUCGUUUAGUAGCUGAUUUAGAUACAGCUGCAUUGUUUGCACGUGCUGGUACGUUACAAGAAUCAUUUAAGACGCCCAUUUCACCUACUGAUAAAGGUUCUGUUACAUUUAAACAAAGAGCUUUUCAAACUGCUCAAGAAGCAGUAAUGCAAGCGGAAAAAGGCAUUGUUGAAGAUAUGCAAACUCUGAUUAAAACAACAUCAACUGAUCAAGAUGCUUUAGCAGUAUCUGCACAAAAUUGUUUUAUUCGAGCUACAGAAUUAACUGAGUCAGCUAAAAAUGCUGCUUCAUGUACAGCAUCAUUAUUAUCAUCUAAUCCAGAUUUAUCUAUUGAAGGACAAGUACAAUUGUUAACAUCUACACGUGAUGUUAUCUCAGGUUUAGUACGUUUACUUAAUCAUGGUAAAUCUAUUUCUGCAGUAUGUUAUGCUAUUGAAUUUUGGAAUGAUCAAACAGAUGAUACAUUAAAUAGUUUAAUGAAAACUAAGCAAAAAGCUUUAAAUGAUACUGCUGUUCAAGUAAUUGAAACUAUAUCUAGCUUAUCAAAUGCUCUACGUUCUAUUAGUGACAUGUUUAUUGUGGCUAAAUCGCCUACUGUAAAAGAUGAAAAUCCACCAAUUUCACCUAUUCCUCCAGCAGUCCCAUUGAAAAAAGUUAGUCUGAAAUUAUCCGCACAAAAAUUCACAAGUUUGGAUAAAAAAACUGACCAUGCAAAAUCUAACGUUCAUACCAGUCUUGAAUCAAUUAUAACUAUAUUGAGUAAUUUAAAUGAACGAUUAAAUAAAUGGGAUGUUAAGGAUGGAUUAUUACAUACACCAGAUUUUGAUGAUGACAUGGAAUUCGAAAGGGAAACAGCACUAGGUCAAGUGAUCAAUCCAUCUUAUUUAGUGUGUGCUGCUCGAGCUAUCACUCAAGCAGCUACUAAUGCAAAUAAUGCUACUGGAUCAGGUAAAACAUCCGAAAUUGGUUUAGCUGGUGAUAUGAUACGCCGAGCUGCGGAAGAACUAGUAAGACGUCUUCAUUCCGUCCUACAAACUUCAUUGUCAUCUGUCUCCGUAUCAAAAGAUAAUGCUUCUUGGCGCAAAUCGACCAAUCCUUCUAAUACUCAAGAGGUUUUAUCAAAUGGUGUUGUUCGUGAAUUAGGAAGUGGAAAUACAUUAGAUGAUUGUAGUGAAUCAAUAUGCUAUCCUGCUUUAGAGAAAAUAUGUCAACGAGCAAUUCAUGGAAGUGCUAGUACAAUGUCAGAGCUUAAACAAUUAGUGGAACAUAUGAAUAAAGCACUUGAUUCUGGUCCUGGAAGUCCGGAUAGUGUUCAAGUCACUCUGGCUAUGAGACGUUUACGAGAAACAGUUUUUGAAAUUGUUGACUGUUCAAUGUCCUUACCUGGUGCUAACGAAGACGAUAUUGCUGAUUUCAAACCAUCUGUUUCUACUAAACCAAUUCCAAUAUUAAUUGACAAUAAAAUUACAAGUUCUUAUGAAAAUCCUUUUGAUCGGAAAUCAAUUUAUGGCAGUUCAAUAGAUAUUGAAAAGAGUAUUGCUGAAGCAAAUGCAACAGCUGUUGAUAUUGACCAUUCCACAUUAUCAUCAUCUUCAUCAACAUCUGGUGUACAAAAUGCACUUCAAGAUUUAGCUGGAGAAAUUGAACGAAGUGUUGAACGUAUUGGUUUAUUGCAUUCAAAACAUUCAUUUAAGAAUUCAUUAAAUUCACAAAAAUCAAGUCAUUCACAAUUAGAUCAGUCUAAAGAUACGAUGACUUCAACAUCAAAAUGUACAACUAUCACUGUUGUUUCAACGACAAACAAUCAAAUUUCUAACAAUGAUAGUCGUACAACUAUAAAUAAUAGUAAUGAAGAUAUAGAUUUAGAAUCAUCAGAUGGUAUGGAUGCACUUAUAAUAGCUUGUCGAAAUUUAGUUCAUGCUACUUUAAGUUUAAUGUAUUGGGCUGCUGCUGCUCAACGUGAACUUGUUCAACAAGGUCGAUUAAAACCAAUUGAUAUACCACAAACUCCUGAUCUAGAAUCUGAAUCACAAUGGGCACAAGGUUUAAUAUCAGCCGCAAGGUAUGUGGCUGUUGGUGCGAAUCACUUAGUUGAAUCAGCUCAAGCAUUUGUCACAAUGCACGUUAGCGGUUCUUCACAAUUAAUCGACGCAGGUGAUAUAACUUUAAAGCCAGAAAGUUUAAUAUCGGCUGCGCAAACAACCGCUGGUUAUACUGCUCAAUUGGUCAUUGCUUGUAUAGCUAAAGCUGAUCCGAAUUCACAAAGUUGUUUAGGCUUACGUAAUGCUGGUGGAUCUGUCAAACAUGCAGCCGAUCGUUUGGUACGAAUUGUGCAAAUGAUCGCAUCCAAAAGCAAACCUGCAAUAACUACAACAACAACACCAGUGAACGUAGACAAAGAACAAUCUGAGACAUCAUUAGACUAUUCAAAUGGUCGAGUUGUUUCAUCUAUGAGACAAGUAAUUGAAACUAAAUCCAGUAUUGCUGCUAAACAAAGGGAAUUGGAUAGAUUACACGCUCAACUGAAACACAUUCAUCAAGAUCAAUAUAGAUCACACGUACAGUAAAAAAACGGAGAAGAGGAAAAAAACAAUGACAUAAGAGAUAAACAACUGAUUACUGUUGUUUUGUUUUCUCCAAUGUUUGUUGUCAAUUACAAAAGUUUGUGUUUAUAUUAACUCAUCCAUCAUCUAUACAUUUUUAUAACUUUGUUGAAAAGAUUAACAGACUAUUUCCGAAAUACUAUGUCGAGUUACGCACUACUUACUUACUCACUUUACAAUGAUGCUUGAGUGUGUUUGUCUGAAAGGUGGGUGUUCUUUUAUUAACUAAAAAGACAACUUACAUUUUUCAUAUAACUUAUGUCUUAUGAUCUUUCUGUUCUGUUUUUUUUUCGAAUCUAUCCUCAAAUCUACUUGAUUCAUAUGUGUAUAUCUUUGAUAAUUAGUAGUAGUGAUUCACUUCGACUAAUUGAAUCCCUGAUAAAUUACUUUGUAUUAUGUCAGUUCGUUAGAAGAGGGAUGCUUUUGCUCACUCUUUACAGUGAACCUGUAAUCAUUUUUUUAAUUACAAAUAAUUAUGAUCGAGAUACACAUAUAUGGAUGUAUGAAAUGAUUUCAUAUAACUAGAAUGGUAAAAUACUGAAUGCCAUAUGUGCACACAAAUAAACACAUUUAAUACCUCUAUAAUUCAUUAUAGUUAUUGUUAUUUAGUAUUGUUGAUAAUUUUCCGGUUUUUACAAAUCAUAUUUUCAAAAAUACUACUAUAAACUUUCACACGAAUGUUUAAAUUACUUGAGAGUACUUGUUAUACAUCAUACAUCUAUUUAUACAACAGAUUUUUGAUUGAUUCAGUUUACAUUUUUUCCGAUAAACCUACUUAUACUGUUGUUGUGAAUAAUCAUAGUCUAUGAUUCUGCCUGCUUGUGUUUACAUGUAUGUUCAUUCUCUAGUAUUACUAUAUACCGAUUUAUUCACCGUAAAUCAGCUUCCCAUAUAUAUUUACAGAGAAUGAAAAUCCAAGUAUAUUGUACAAAUACACCUUGGUAUUAUUGUUGUUUUUUUCUAAAUUUCACACUAUCAGAUAAGAAAUGAAUUCAUGAUAAUUAACCAGUCAAUUUUAUUGGAUUGAUUCUCUCAGUAUUAACUAUUUACAAUUGAACAUAAAUAACCAAUGGAUGUAAUAAUAUUAACUAAACAUAACAAUAAUGAUGAUAAUAAUGCAUAGAAAACACAACUACAGUUAUGUUUACUAAUCCGUAAUCAUUUUAUCAUUGUUUUAUUGCCUUGACUUCCAUUUCUUUCAUCUCUUUCUUUCUCCUCCCUUUUGUUUUUACCUCACUUUUUAUACAAAUUCAUAAAAACAUUUUGUAAUAACUUCUGUGGUUUCUAAAUGGGAUUAUUUUUUUAAUUCGUUGAUAGUUCGUUGAUAUUUUUCUUCCGUCUUUCUUUCUUUUUUUUUUAAAGAAUAUGUGUUUGCAAACUUAUUAAGAAAUACAAAGUGUUGUUUUAUUUUGCAUUGAAAAUGUUUGCGCUAAUUUUUGUAAAUCGUUUGUAUCUAUUUACUGUAAGUUAUGAAUUAGUAAAAUGUAAUCAAAUCAAUCUAUACUCAAUAAUACUAGUGUUUCCUUUUUUC